AUGCGUCUCACACACAUUCUUCUCUUGGCGCUCCCCGUCAUUGCUUCCACGCUGGAAGACUUCGUAUGGGACGAUGAAGAAGAGGGGACCCUCACUCUCACAUUUACCUCCACGAGCACGAGAUACGUCUUUAUGCACCGCACGGAUUGGAUCAACAUGCACAAGAGCGCCUCCUUCACCACCAGCAUCAUACCCAGUCAAACCGCGACCGCCAGCGAUAGCAGUGCCACUACAGCUUCCCCCUCCAGUGCUCAACCCUCUCUUCCCAAAGAGACUCUCCAAGAUAUCUAUGUCGACUCAGAUCAGAUCGUUCUCGGCCGCCCUUCGAAGCAAUAA